UGACGCGAGGAGAGACAAGGUGUGGUGUGAGGUUUAAAGUGUACUCGCUACCCGCCACCACUUCUAGGGUUUUACAGCCGGUUUUCCCCUUUCCCGGUGCCACACCACCAGACCAGGUUCUCUCUUUCUUCAUUUUCUCAGUUUAUUCAAUCAUCUCUUCACAUUCAUCACUUCAAUUACAGAACCCCGCCAGAUGGAACCAUGAUUAAUCGUAACCACCGUAUACAUCACACAGUCAACUCAAUCACAAAAUCAUUCACUACAAGUCCUUUAGUCCUCCUAUCAGAAAACCCUCCAAUUCCACCUUCAAUCACCCACCACCACCACCACCACCACCACAAAUCCUUGUGCUUUUCCCUUGCUCAAACCCUACUUAACCGAGGCCUGUUACCAGCUGCCCAACGCCUUAUCCGGCGCCUCAUUCUACACUCCCCUACCAUCACCGAUGAGCUUUCCCUCAUCCAUUUUGCCGUCUCACGAGGCCUUGAGCCUUACUUGCCCCCUUAUUCUGCAUUAAUUAGCAGGCUUGUGAAUCUGGGUCAGUUUCGGAUAGCCCAGGAUCUGUAUAUCGAUAGGAUAGUGAACCGAGGGGUUAUGCCCGAUGCCUCAUUAGUCGGUUCCAUGAUGAUUUGCUAUUCCAAGUUAGGCAAGUUUAAGGAGGAAAAUGAUCACGUCGAAAAGCUUAUUGGGUUAAAGUCGUCUUCUAGUGUAAGAGCAUUUUCGGAGCUUUUAAAGGAGGUGUUUGAACAAAGUAGGUACUUUGAUGCGUAUGAUUAUAGUGUUAGGAUUAAUGAUGCUGGGGUUUCGCUUUCUGUUUCGUGUUAUAAUAUGCUGAUUUCUGGGUUGUCGUCUAGAGGGUAUGUUGAUGAAGCUCGCCAAGUGUUUGAUAUAAUGCGUGAGAGAGGUGUGCCACCCGUAUGUCAUUUGUGGAAGUCGCUUGUAUUUGGUUUUUGUAAGAUGGAUAGAGUUGAAGAAGCUGAGUUGUUGAGCAUAGAAAUGGAGUCCUACGGUUUUUUUGUUGAUAAGGUUAUGCACACUAGUCUUAUUAACGGUUACUGUAAGAACCGGAAAGUAAAAAUGGGGAUGAGAUUGUUGUAUAAAAUGCUCAAGAUGGGUUGUCAGCCGGAUACUUAUACUUACAAUACAUUGAUGCAAGGGUUCGUUAAUUCUGGUUUUUUCGAUAAAAUGUGUGUUUUGCACCGGCAAAUGAUAGAAUCGGGACUUGAACCUGAUGUACUGACUUACCAAAUUAUGAUCAACAAAUAUUGUAAAGAAAAUAAAGUUGAUUGUGCUUUGGCGCUUUUAAGUAGCAUGUGCGGUAGAGACCUAACACCCAAUGUGCAUUGUUAUACAUCCAUUAUUCCCGCUCUUUACAAAGAAAACCGUAUAGAGGUUGAUGAGGUGUACCAAACGAUGCUUGAUUCUGGAGUGAUUCCCGAUCAAGUCAUGUUUUUUAAACUAAUAAAAGCGUACCCGAAAGGUCAUGAGCUUCAUCUUACACUCAAGUUUUUGAAUGAGAUUGCUAAAUACGGUUGUGGCGUUGACCCUUUAUCUUCAUCUGCUUCUUUUGGACCUACUGAGAGCCUUCAAUAUCAAAUCGAUCAUAUUUUAGGCAGAAUAGUGGAACGUAGACCUCGUUUGGCUAAUCUGGCUUAUAGUAUAUACAUUAUUGGAUUAUGCUUUGGAGGGAAAACUGACGAUGCUUUGCGGUCUUUGGUUUUCAUGAUCAAUCUUGGGUUUCAGCCGUUGAUGUCAGCUUAUAACUCGUUGAUAAGGUGUUUUAGUCAAGAAGGGUUUGUUGAGCAUUCCGGUGCCCUAAUUGAACUCAUGGAGGGUAUGGGUAUGAUUCCUAACUCCACAACUUUUUUGGUAAUGGUUAAUGAACAUUGCAAAAAUAAUGACCUAGCGUCGGCUUUUAAUGUUCUUCGUUUGAUGGAUGAUAGGAGAAUGAAGCCUAGUGUUGCUAUAUAUGAUAGCAUUAUUGGUUGUUUAGGCAGAGAGAAAAGGGUUUUCGAUGCACAUUGUAUGUUUAAAAAGUUGCUUGAAAGUGAUGUAGAUCCCGAUGACGCUUUGUAUUUCAGAAUGAUAAACACGUACGCUAAAAAUGGACAAGCAAUUGAAGCGGAUCGAUUAUUUUAUCGGAUGAAGAAGCAUGGAAUACAACCUAAUUCACGUGUUUACUCAGCGCUUAUUAGUGGAUUUGUUAAGAAAAAUAUGAUGAAGAAGGGUGUGAUGUAUCUUGGAAGUAUGUUAAAAGAUGGUUUUAUGCCAAAUAAAGUGCUAUAUACGUCUCUUAUUGGUCACUUUAUACGAAAAGGUGAGCUUGAGUUUUCAUUUAGACUAGUUUCUUUGAUGGAACGAAGUCGUAUCGAGAGUGAUCAUGUCACCUACAUAACAUUGAUUAGUGGCAUUUGUAGGAAUCUUCAAUGUUACAACGGUAUAUGGCACGAUACCCAUAAUAAAUCACAAAAAGAAAGGGAACGUCUCUAUCAUCUACUUCGUCAAAACUCAUCUCCGGGGGAGAAUGAUUCGAAAAUUUCCAUAACAACUCAUGAAGAUUUGAAGUUAUUAGCAAUGAAACUGAUUCGAGGAAUUAAAGAUAGUUUCUAUUGGCCUAAUUUAUAUAUGUAUAACGCCACAUUAUCUGGUUUUUGUCGGAUGGGAAAGUUUAAGGAAGCAUAUGAACUACUAGAUGUGAUGGUAAAACAAGGUGUGGGUCUCAAUCAGGUAACGUAUACGAUUUUAAUCAACGGACAUAUUCAAGUCGGUGAAAUUGAUGCUGCUGUCGGGUUGUUUAACAAAAUGAAUGCUGAUGGAUGCUUCGCCGAUAGAAUUUUAUAUAAUAUAAUGAUAAAGGGCUUUUGUAAGAACAAGAGGUUGAUUGAUGCCUUGUCUCUUUCACAUGCAAUGUGUAAAAGAGGAUUUGUUCCUAGCAAAAUUGCUUUCGAAUAUAUGCUUAUUAGUCUUUGUGCUUCACGUUUGGUCAAUGAAGCGUUGCGUAUAUGUGAAGAUAUGAUUUCCCAUGGUUAUUUACCAUGUCGAUUUAACGGUAGCUGGUUGCUUCACAUGUUACUUAAAGAAAACAAACUGAAUGAAGCUCAAAUGUUACAUGAUUUGAUGGUUGAAAAAGGAAGUAAGUUGUCAAAUCCGAUGAGACAGAGAAUCAUGAGAGAUUUAAAAUUGUAGGUUGAAAAAAAUCUUAGCCGUCUGAUUUUGUCAAAGAUAUGGUCAAAAUCGGGAAAAAUGUAAGUUUCAAGUGGAGCAAUAUGAAGUCUGCAUUGCAUCAAUGUUUUUCAGUUACAUUUGAUGGGAUACGUUGAAUAGGCAUAUAUCACAAUGUUGGGAUGUAACUUAACAACCACAGUUGCACCAGGUUUUAAGAGCAUUCGAAGCGGCUUCAAGUUAGGGCACUUGUCAGAUUGCAUAGCCACUUCUGAUGAGUUAAGACACCUCAUAUGACCGUACCUCAAGAGUCUGACCACCAUUCAACCAGUUCUUGCGCUAUACGGAGCUUUUGACUCGAAACCAAAUGGGUAUUUAUUCACAUUGGUUCAAAAAGCUUGAGGCAGAAUGAGGCGUUUAGGUCCCAAAAGCCGGCAUGCGCAUCAUGUACCCGAGGCAUUCUAUUAUUUACAAAGCUCUGUGGAUGAAUAUGCUUGACUUACAGAGCUCUGAUUGCCUCUUUCGUUCAGACAGCUAUGCAAACAAGACACUCGUUGCUGGACGGUUGCUAAAAUCUCUUUAAAGAACCAAAAAAUGAGAGGUGAAUGCAUCGCCUUAUUAUUCAUCAUCUUGAUAGUCCAGUCCAGAAAGGAAUAAACUUUGAGAAAUUGUCAAAAAUAUUGCAUUGGAUUACUGGUUUGAUCUGCAUAGAGAAAGUUCCAAAGCUUUAAUUCAUUGCCCAUUCUUAGGCCGGAGGGUGUGGAGGCGCCACCCCUGCCACCUCACCUUCAAUGGCCACCCAUACCGUCAUCUUUAGGGUGGUGGGGGGGGGGCAUGGUGGUUUCGCCAAGGUGGUGACGUAAGAAAGGGGGGCUCCAUCGAAGUUGAUUGGCUUUAAAGGGGGGUGCUAUAAAGCCCCUAGCCACACCCUCCACACCCUACAAGUUAAAGGAGGGGGCUUUAAAGCCCUUGUGUGACGUGGCGGUAAGGUGGCGUGAUAAAGCCCCUAACCACACCUUCACAUUCACAAGAAUUGUCUUUUUUUUAUAGGUCUGCUGGAAAAUUUUGUAGUGCAAUGUAAUUUUAAUUUAUUUUUUCGGUUUUUGCCAUGGUUGAAGGAAAAAAGAGAAUAAUGUAUGUCAU